AUGUGGUGGUACUAUGGAAAGUACUACCAAAGCGGUGCUCUUAUCUCGCCGGGCGCAACUGGAGAUGCCCCUACUGCGACUGAAACUACGCCACUGGUUGGCGGUCAAGUGGAAGUUGCUCAGAGCCGCCUGCGUAAGGCGUGGGAGCAGGUGUGCGAGUCAGUGACUGUUUUCUUCGACCAGUUCACCCCCCUCCAGUUUGCUAUGUUCAAGUAUAUGAUCACCCUUGGCUUUGUCAUUGUUACGGGUGUGAUUGCGUGGUACUCUGUGGACGAGUCCUCCAUUCUGGCAGACCACACUGCGCUUAUCUUGAAAAAGUCUCCGGAAGAGAACCCAGUUGUUCUGCGCUGGGACGCUCAGCUGCUGGGCUGGUUAAGCGCCUUGUUGUACAUUGCAUCGCGCAUCCCCCAGAUUUUCAAAAACUGCCACACCAAGUGUGCAGGCCUGAGUCUCGCGCUCUUCGUUUUCGCGGUCGGGGGCAACGUCACUUACGUUCUGAGAAUCGCGCCGACGCGUCCGAACCCCCAAAUGCUGCACGCGUUCCUCCGAUCGCGCGUGAAAAAACGGUACGGCGCGAACAGCAAAUGA